AUGGACUUGAAUUUUCCGUUUGGAACCCCACUCGUGGGCCACAUGGACUCUGUGCUGGAUCUGAGCUUCAGCAAGGUUUGCGAUAGCGGCUUCUACUUGGCCUCCGUCGGACGGGAUGGCCAGGGGAUUGUACGUCGCGGUGACACUGGAGAAAUAUUCACAAGCCUCUUGGGCCACCAGAGGGCAGUGCGCGGAGUGUACAUGAGUGAGAAUGCCACGAUUGUGGCGACUGGCAGUGAUGAUUGCACCGCCCGCAUUUGGAGUGUCUCAAGUGGCAAUGAACUGGCGAAGUUCCGGCAUACCCAGAAGGUGUCAAGUUUGGCGCUGGACACUGGAUCGGAGCGCAUGCUUACCUGCAGCCAGGAGCGCGAAAGCAAUAUCUGUUUGUAUGACGUGAAUCAAAGCAGGGAGGUCCUGUGCGUUUACCAAAAGAAAUUAAGAGGUGUGCGCAACGUGAUCUUCUGCCGUGACGAUCGCUCGUUUCUCGCCUCGUCCUACGACCGCACCAUCGAGCUGUGGGACAUUUUGAGUGGCCAGAGCAGCCACAAGAUCUCGCUGCCCCAUCACGCCAAGAGUGUGGAGCUGUGUGCCGAUGGGAAGACGGUGACCAUCGGCUAUGGCGAAAGCGUUGUCUUUUUCGACGCGGAUACAUUCAGCAUACACGGUCAUCAUAAGAUACCGUUCAAGGUGAUAGGCGCAUCGCUGCAUCCACAGAAGAAGAGCUUUGUGUGUGCCAGCUUGGAAGGAAAGAUUCUAAAGUUUAAUUACGACACAGGCGAGCAAGAAGAUCGAUUUAGGGCCCACGUGCAAAUGGGGCACAACAUUAGCGGCAUCAAGUACAGUCCCGACGGCGAGAUGUAUGUCAGCUCGUCGACCGAUGGCCAGAUCACAUUCUGGUCGCAGACAUCUGGGAACCAAAAUAGUGAUGAGGACUCCAUUGCUUCGUACAGUUCUGACAGUAGAGACGACUUCCUGGACGAGGGCGAUGGAUACAGUGAACAAGAAGACUACGAUUAG